GUCUGCUUUCCUUCAUAAACCUCUCCGGAAGGACUUCAUCUCUUUUAGGCAAUAACCCACCCCACAGCUAGCUUCUUAGUUCACCAUUUUGCCAUGGUUUUUGGCUUGUUAGGAAUGUAUAUAUUUGUGGGUGUUUUUGACUGAAAAUUCAUUUGAUAAGAGUUUGCAGGUUAAACAAUGGGGCCCCCAUAUUUGCUGCAUGGGACACUUAUUGCAAAAAUAAUUGGGAUUGAUGUGCUACUCUAUGGAUGUAAAGAGAACUUCUGCAUUGAGACGAUGGGCGUAAGCAAGUUGCAGAAAAGGUGUAUAGCGAAAAUCAAGAGAACGUUCUUAGGUCCACAGCUCUAUGCAACAGUUGAUCUAGACAGAGCGAGGGUCGGGCGGACAAGUGUGGUAAGACAUAAAGCCUCCUCGCCCCAGUGGAACGAGACCUUCCGCAUAUAUUGUGCCCAUUCCAUCACAAAUGUUAUAUUCACCGUUAAGGAUAACAGUCCCAUCGGGGCAGUCCUGGUUGGCAGAGCUUGGUUACCCGUCGAGGAUAUACUCGUUGGGGAUACCGUGGUACGCGAAGUUGAUAUACUCGAUGAAGAACGUAAACCAAUACCUGGAGAUUCCAAAAUCAAGGUGGAGUUGAGAUUUUUGGGUGUUAGCCAGGAGGGAAGUUGGUCUCAGGGGAUCAAAUACCCUGAUUUCGGGGGAGUUCCUUUCACUUUCUUCAGACAGCGAGAGGGCUGCAAGGUUACCCUCUACCAGGAUGCCCAUAUUUCAGAUGGUUUCAACCCAAAAAUAAGUCUAUCUGGAGGGAAGCUUUAUGAACCUCAGAGAUGCUGGGAAGAUAUCUUUGACGCAAUUGAUAAGGCAAAAAAUUUCAUUUAUGUAACUGGUUGGUCUGUGUACACUGAAAUAACCUUGAUAAGGGACCCAAGGAAGGAAAAGCGUGGGAGUAGUGAUACACUUGGGGAUCUGCUCAUAAAGAAGGCUGCUGAUGGCGUGAGAGUUCUUUUGCUUGUUUGGGAUGACAGAACUUCCAUUGACAUACUGAAAGAGGAAGGCUUGAUGUCAACCCAUGAUGAAGAAACCGCUCAUGUCUUUCGGUACACGGCAGUGCACUGCGUUCUAUGCCCUCGUAACCCUGAUAAUAAAAAAGGCAUUGUUGAGGGAAUUAAAAUUGCUACCAUGUUUACUCACCAUCAGAAAACACUGGUUGUUGACAGUGAAAUCCCUGGAUCAGAAAAGCGAACGGUUGUCGGUUUUAUUGGUGGCAUUGAUCUUUGUGAUGGGAGGUACGAUACUCAAGACCAUCCUCUCUUCCAGACUUUGAACGACAUUCAUCAUGAUGAUUUCCAUCAGCCAAACUUUAAAAACGCUUCAAUUAAGAAAGGUGGUCCAAGGGAGCCUUGGCAUGAUAUUCACUGCAAGCUAGAAGGUCCUAUUGCUUGGGAUGUACUGUACAAUUUCGAACAAAGGUGGCUAAGACAAGCUCGGUGGAAGAAACAUCUCCUCUUUCCGCUAGACAAGCUUGAGCAAAUGAUAGUCCCCCCAAACCAAAUUGUGCAUUUAGAACCCAGUGAAACAUGGAGUGUCCAGUUGUUUCGAUCUAUUGAUAAUGGGGCUGUCGUUGGCUUUCCUGAAAAACCUGAGGCAGCAAGUAAGUUUGGCCUUCUGAGUGGGAAAAAUAACAUUAUUGAGCGAAGCAUUCAAGAUGCUUAUAUCAAUGCAAUUCGCCGAGCAAAGAACUUUAUUUACAUUGAAAAUCAAUAUUUCCUCGGAAGCUCCUUUGGUUGGAAAACUAAGGGUAUCAACAUUCUGAAAAUUCCUGAUAUUGCUGGUAUCGACAUUGAGGAAAUUUCUGAUAUUGCUGCUUUAAAUCUUAUACCAAAGGAGCUAUCCCUAAAGAUUGUAAGUAAAAUUGAAGCAGGGGAGAGGUUUUCUGUCUACAUCGUGAUUCCAAUGUGGCCAGAAGGUGUACCAGACAGUGGUCCUAUUCAGGCAAUUUUAGAUUGGCAAAGUAGGACAAUUGAGAUGAUGUAUUCUGAUGUUGCCGGAGCCCUUAAAAGGAAAGGACUGACUGCACACCCCCGAGACUAUUUGGCAUUUUACUGCCUUGGGAACCGGCAGACGAAGAAGACCGAAGAAUAUAUACCAACAGAGCCAGCAGAUCCUAAAUCAGAUUAUGGCAGAGCUCAACAGUCACGCCGCUUUAUGAUCUAUGUCCAUUCAAAGAUGAUGAUUGUUGAUGAUGAGUACAUAAUCAUUGGAUCUGCCAACAUCAAUGAGAGGUCAAUGGCUGGUUCAAGAGACUCUGAGAUUGCAAUGGGAGCAUUUCAACCAUAUCAUUUAGCAACUACGCAACCAGCAAGGGGUCAGAUCUUUGGUCUCCGAAUGGCUCUUUGGUAUGAGCAUCUUGGACAGCUUCAUGACUUCCUCGACAAUCCAGGAAGCAAGCAAUGUGUCCAGCUAGUGAAUUCUAUUGCUGACAAACACUGGGAAUUGUACUCAAGUGAAACAUUUGACCAGGAUCUGCGAGGUCACCUACUACCCUACCCCAUUCAGGUCGGGGAUGAUGGAUCAGUUUCAACCCUUCCAAGGACUCGGUUUUUCCCUGACACCAAUGCUUGUGUUCUUGGAACCAAAUCUAACAUCCUUCCUCCAAUUGUUACCACUUAGUCUCCAUAGCUAACCAGUAAAGAUAGCAGUUCAAAAAUUGUUUCCAUUGACAAAUAGUUGUAACAAUCAUAUUUGUCUUAAAUUGCAGAAUAUGUUCAUGAUAAUGCUGCUUGAAUCA